GCUCAGCGACUGGUCGUCUCUUGCCCUGCCUGUCAUAUCCUUUCCCCUUCUAUUGGCCUGCCCGGUUUUGACAGGGGAAUUUAUCAGUGACAUUCGAGAUCAAUUCUAAGCAUAGUUCACACCCCGGUUGAGAGCCAUGACCCCUCGUGUCUUCUUUAUCCGGCAUGGCGAGACGGAGUGGUCGUUAAAUGGACGACACACUGGAACAACAGAGCUGCCUCUCACAGCCAAUGGCGAAAAGCGUAUUAGAGCAACAGGACAAGCGCUCGUUGGAAACAAUCGACUUAUCGUCCCCUCCAAACUUGCCCAUGUCUAUGUCUCCCCACGACGCCGAGCUCAACGGACUCUUGAGCUGCUCAACAUAGGGUGCAGGGACAAAUUACCAUGGCAGGAACAGCGCGGUUAUCCUGACGAGGAGGUCAAGAGCGAAGCAAAGAUCCAAAUCACCGAGGCUAUCAGGGAGUGGGACUAUGGUGAUUACGAGGGCUUGACUAGUCAACAAAUCAGAGAAAAAAGGCGCCAAGAGGGCCAGAGUGAACAAUGGGACAUUUGGCGAGAAGGUUGUCCUGGUGGAGAGUCUCCAAAGGAUGUUACAAGACGGCUCGACCAACUGAUACAUGACAUUCGCACGAGAUUUCAGCAGCCGAUUAUGGAUGGUUUCUCUCAUGAGGAAAGCUGCGGGGAUAUACUUUUGGUUGGUCACGGGCACAUCCUUAGGGCUUUCGCCAUGAGAUGGGUGAACAAGCCGCUUGAAGACAAUCCAGCACUGCUUCUCGAAGCUGGCGGUGUUGGAACCCUAAGUUAUGAGCAUAACAAUAUCGAGGAGCCAGCGAUCCUUUUGGGUAGUGCUUUUGUCGUGGAAGUCACGGGGGCCGCUCACGAAUAGACUGCACUUCGACAAGACCAGAAUGAUCUUGAUGGCCAAGGCUAAUUUAAAGGGCAUAGAUAUAUAUACCAAAUAUCUAGGCAGAACAGCAGCCUAAUUGAACCUUUUAUGUAUGUACCGUGAAUGAGGAGGCGCUGGAACCACUUUUGGAGAAAUGUUUGAGGACAAUUUUGUAUUUCAUGAGUCUUUGCACUUGCGCGAUAUAACGCCGCGCUGUUCUACUCUAUAAUACAUCAACAACAAGAUGCCAACACCGACGGAAAUCCCAUACGCUUCGUCUAGUUCUAACCAAUCACUCUGUCGACGAAUCCCUUUUCGAGGCGAGCCACUUGGGUCUUGAAUGUGGAGACCUCCUUGUAGCAGUCGAGCGGCCGACGGUCGUUUAUUCUCAAGCAUUUGACAACAUCCUCCUUUGCGUGUUCGACGUCCUUGU